GCCAAAGAAAUGGGGGAAAUUGGCUAGAGUUAUAGAUGUUUUUGUCCAAUUCAUUGUUUGGCUUCUGCUUCAAUUUUGACUUGGGUCACAAGCAUUUUGGCAAUGCAUAUACUUUUUAGAAUCAGUUCAUUCUUUAUUUCCUUUUCUACCAAUGAUUUAGAACACCAUCUUCUUGAAUGAUAAUACUGGUGCCCAUGAUAUUUACUGGUCGUACUACUAGGACUCAAGAAUAAACUACAGGAAGGUAGCAAAAAACUUUCUUCUAUGCUACUAUGCCCUGGAAUGGAAUGAAAUAUAUCUAUUCUAACUAGAGCUUUCUCACCAUUUUCAUAGCUGCUAAAUUCCUGCUGAAUGAAUUACCUUGUAUCUAAUUGUUAAGAAAAGUGCAUGAGUGGGUAGCAUAAUUCAGUAUUUGGGAAAAAAAUGUCGCAUUAGAACCACAAGGUUUUAAAGUGUCUCACGUUCACUUUGAGGAAAAUAAAGACGCUUUUUUUGGUCUCUGUAUAGAACCCUGUAUAAAUAACAGAUUGUUGCAAGCCACACAAAUAUUAAUACAUGGAAAACUACUAUAUUGUAAACAGUAUAAAUCAAUUCGUGUAUUAAACAAAGUAAUUAGUACAGGAUGACCAUUUCUACGCGUAGCCUUCUUGCUCCUCCUAUGACAACAACAAGCAACAUGCAAGCUCGUCUACAGGAGAAGACAGGCCAAGAAAACACUGAUUUCUAGAUGAUCUAAUUCUGCCGCCAUGUGUGAUGGAGACCCCAAGCUCCAACGUCCCCCAAGUGUUGUUUUGCGAAGACUGACACCGGAAGACAUGGAGUCCAUUGGUUGUGGGCUGGAGCCGCCAACUGCAAUGAGGAAAAGGAGAACUUUAGGAGAUGAAAACUCAUACUUAGGUGGCUCUUCUCCUAGAAAAUGUGCACGCCUUGACACACAGGAGACCCAAGUUGUCACCACAGCCGCUACUUUGAAGUCUGUGGUGAAUAAAGUUUCAAAAACUGGACCUAAAUGCAUUAAAACUGGUCUCUUAAAAACCGUUUCUUCAGCCAAGAAAAGUUCUUCCAUAUUUCCUGGGAGCCCAGGAAGCAGUGGCUUGUCCAACAAAGAAAACCACCCUGUUAUUCCUCAGGAAUAUUCAGUUCCUUUGCAUGCAUCUACAGGAAUAAAUACUACUUGUAUGAAGACCAAUGUGGAGGCAAGGACAUCAGAGAAUCUCACUCCCGAAAGCGUUGGUGAAUCACCUGUUGUGACGGUCAAAAAAGAGCCUAUUGAUGCGGCCGACAUGUUACCAGUGCCUCUGUGUGCCAUAAAACAGGAGACUGUGAGUUCAGAUCCUGAGUUACUGGAGUGUCGUCUUGCUCGUGUCAAACUUGAUAUCAAAGAAGAGGUGAGCGAAGUGGAUGUUGCAGAUGAACAUUUCUUUGCUGAUGCUUUAGAGCAAGGCUUUUGUUUGAAUAUUACGACCAAGCAGGAAGGUGUUGACUAUAGCUGGCUCUUCGAAGAAAAUGUUAAAGAAAGCUUCCUCGGAUUUGAGCCUUCAGAAUUUAGUGAAUUUAUCGCACCACAAAUAGAUGAGAAUGACUGCCCUGACGCUGAUCAUGAAAAUCAGAAGAACAAGACCAGGCGGACCAUCAAACCGAAGUUAUGUAGCGGAGACUUCAUAAGUCCAGCUGACAAAACCAUCAAGAGCAUGGUUUCCAGAACGCAGAUGUCAAGCAAACAUUGUAGGGAACCUCAUGAAGUUGUUAGUUCUUUUCGUAUCAAGAACCUCAAGAAGACGAUUCUUGAACUAAACGUGACACCUUCCAUGCCAUCUCUCACACUUUUCCUCUCUAAACUAAAGGAAAAAUCUGAGAGUCUUUCGUUCCUACAAAACAAUUUUGCUCUCAUAAAGAAAAUUGUUCGCACUCUCAACAAGGACUGUAGUGGAGGUGUCUUUAACCCUCUAUUGGACAAGCUUAUAAGUCGGUCAUUGGAGCUCCACGACGUCGCUUCCAGGAGUGGGGGCCUGAGUCCGGCAGUUAUAAGAGACCUUCAGCAGCGGUGCUCUCAGGCUGGUCUUGGUAUGGGGGGACCUCUGGAGGAGUUGGCGCUUAACAUCUUUAACUUGUGUAUUGGAGCCGCCACUCCCGCGAGUGGUAAUGGGGAGUAUCAGGACUCAAACGAUAAACUUUUUGAUAUUAUUGGUGAACCUCUCAACAGCUUUGGAACAAUUACAAACCAGAAUAACCAUGCUCCGGAGUAUACCUGGAGUUCAAAAAUCAAGACGACACACUCUGGAAAACGAACUUUUUCCACGGCUUUCUCAAGACAGGAACGAAAUAAUACCAAUUUUGAACGACGUCCACACCUUUAUACCUCUUCAUGCUCGUUUCCACUUCGUAAAAGUGUUGAAAUUUUCUAUGUGUCCUCAGGUUUGAAGAGUCACUCCCUCAACCCUCGUCUCUAUACUGCGAUGGUACGGAAUAUUUCUCAGAAAGAUCCUCCGCCUCCAGAGGUUGGGGAGUUGCAAAAACUGCGAGGUGUCAUUGUGGUCGCGGAAGACAUUAAAACCUCUCAGCAAACGAACAAACAAGUUGUUAACGAAGUGAUUGAUCAUGAAGGUAUAAUAUCAAACUCAAAGGAGUCGGCAAAAGAUAUUAAUUAUAAUAGCAAGGGAACCGUUGUAGCUCAGUCACCCGAGUCAAAAGAAUUGGUUGCAAGAGAGUGCGACUCGUCACAAGUUGUUGCCGAAGAUCAGGAAUCUACAAAUGAAUUCGCAACUCAAUCUGGAACAGCAGAAAGUAUUGAAAACUCAGAACCUGACAUGACUACAGUUGUUGGCAAAGAAUCCGACUUGACUGAAACGGUUGAGAACGAACCCAACUUGGCUGAAGUUGUUGAGAGAGAAUGCGCGCCAUAUGAAGCGGUUAACAGCAGGCCUGAAUCACCUGAAUCUGAAGACAUUGGACUCGAUAGAAAUAUUGUCUCAGGACAUAAGUCAGCUGAUGUUAUUCUCAAAGGACCAGAUUUGGUAAAAGUUGUUGCUGAAUUACCAAAUUCUUCAGAAGUUACGGGCAAAACACCAGAGUCAGCUGAGAUCAGUUGCAACAUACCGGAACCAGCCGAAUAUAUUUCUAAUGGUCACGAUUUAGUGCAAGAUGGAAACAAUCUGAAGAAAUCUAAAGGAUUACGGGACUUUAGAAUUGUAAAUGCCGGUAAAUCCACUGCAGGUGCCAAUAGAACCUCAACAAAUGCCUCAUCAGAGAGACCCUAUGCCUCUGCCAAGGUGUCUGCCUCGUCUGUGUCCAGUCCAGAUGUGCCCAGUACAAGCUUUAGUUCCAGGUCAUCUAGGGACAAAAUUGUUCCCUGUUCCACCAAGAGAAAUCCUGAUUCUUCCUCAAGUAAAAAGAACAUUGAUUCCAGUUCCACAGAAACAUCCUCAUCUAUUCCUGGUGGCAGACUGGAAACACAAACUGUACUAUCUACUGGAACAAUGGCUCAAACAUUAGAAAAUUCUACAAAUGGUGGCUCUCGAGAAAAAGAAUUUUCGCCUGCGAAGAAAAAUCUUUCGAGCUUGAAAAACUUCAGAAAAGUUAAGGGUGGGCUUGCUGGUAUAAGGUUAGAUAAAACUGUGACGCCUGGCGCAAAUUUUGAUGAUUUUGACAUUGAUGGAUACUCCCAUGAAACUGUGUGUAGAGAAGGAAAUUUUUAUGAUAUGGACAGAAACUCGACUGAGACUGUGUAUAGAGAAGGAAAUUUUGAUGAUAUGGAAGGAAACUCGACUGAAAAUGUGUAUAGCGAAGGAAAUUUUGAUGAUGUGGACAGAAACUCGACUGAAACUGUGUGUAGAGAAGGAAAUUUUGAUGAUAUGGACAGAAACUCGACUGAAACUGUGUAUAGAGAUGGAAAUUUUGAUGAUAUGGACAGAAACUCGACUGAAACAUUGUAUAGAGAAGGAAAUUUUGAUGAUAUGGACAGAAACUCGACUGAAACUGUGUGUAGAGAAGGAAAUUUCGAUGAUAUGGACAGAAAUUCGACUGAAACUGUGUGUAGAGAAGGAAAUUUUGAAUACAUCGAAACCGUCGGGUUCAGUGGGCUCUACCAAGGAUUCUACAUCGAAACCGUCAGGUUCAGUGGGCUCAACCAAAGGUUCUACAUCGAAACCGUCAUGUUCAGUGGGCUCAAACAAAGGUUCUACAUCGAAACCGUCAUGUUCAGUGGGCUCAACCAAAGGUUCUACAUCGAAACCGUAGGAUUCAGUGAGACCAAAAUAGGAUUCCGUGGAGAUCAACUGCUAGGCACUAAAUAA